GUGGUUGAUCUCUGCUCGGGCGGGCCGCGAAAAACACCAGGACCAUCGAGGGCGGGUAGAGGCCGUAACCCGUAACUAAUCUGCCAGAGCAGUGAUUUUGUGUUGCCUUUUGUUUAGUCCCACUUUGAUUUCCAUCCGACCAACGGCCUGCUUUUCUCGCCGGACCCCGACAGACGAUCUAGCAGACAGCCAACACUGCAACCAGACACCCUCUCUUCUACCUGUGGUAUGCCUUUAUCGACGACCUGAAGGCAACAUUCCGGGAGAUCGACGUUGACUUUCGGGUUCGCGUAGCUGGGAUUCGCAACGACAGCUUUAAAAAUAGUGGCCAGCCGGACAAGGAUGCAAAGUGCCGCAAUCGUUGCCACCUGGCUCGCUUGAUGACCCUCGCUCCACGCCGUGGCAUAAUUACGGGGAGCAACCACCGCCCUGCUACACAGUCGUCGGUUGGAUCUUUUUGUUUGAUACGCUCUUCGCACCGUGCAUAGGCGAUCGGCGCGGAUAUGAGCGCUAGUGGUGCGGGCAGCUCGACGGCUACCGGUGGUUCGACGGCCACGGCUACCGCCACCACGACCGAUAGCGCCACAUCGUCCUCCUUUUGGCGCACCAACAGCCGCUCCAUACCGGGCCGACCGACGACCGUGGCGAAUCGGAUCGGCGCCGGUCGACCCAUCGGAUCCGGUUCAGGUUCAAGCUCAUUCCAGGACUACCAGGAAUCGGUAAGCGAUGCCUGGGACCUGGGUGAUGACGAGUUCUGCAUCAUUUCCGGUGUAGUCGAUACACGCAUCUCGAAACGAGCCUCACAGACGGCCGCUCUGAACGUGAUCAAAACACACAAGAGCGGCAGCAAAGCCCAAUCCGGCGAAGCAUUUCCCAGUAUUGCACGCACCGGAACGCCGGCCGAUGCUGCGAGCCGAUUAGAGCAAGCGGCAGAUCAUCGAGAAAGUCAGCAGACAGGAGCAGUGGUGGGGCAGGAUGGGACAGAAGUUGGCAUCGUAAACCUGGAUCUACAACCGAACCGACUACCACAACCGCCAGUCUCCGGAGGCCUUGGUAGCCCGAAUGAUGGCCCGGCCGUAUACGAUCAUCGGAUUCGUCAAAGGUUUCACGCUUACCCGGGCCGUCCACAGCCGUUGAAGCUGUCCUCCAACGUAGCAUCGAAGGAUGUGGAGUGUGAGUCCAAAUACGAAAAGUUUAGCAACAUUCUCGAGGCACCUCUUUUGAAUUUGAUUGCCCUCAAGGAGCUUAGUUGGUCGGGUGUGCCGCGCAAAAUGCGUGCCGUGACGUGGCGUCUGCUAUCCGGCUACCUACCGACCAGCCUCGAACGGCGGCAGACAGUACUGGAGCGGAAGCGCGUCGAUUACCACAAGCUCGUCCAGCAGUAUUUUGAUGCGGAGCGGCGCGACGAAAGCCAGCAGGAUACGUAUCGUCAGAUACACAUCGAUGUACCGCGCAUGAACCCGCACGUGGCGCUCUUCCAGCAGCAGCUCGUGCAGGAGAUGUUCGAACGCAUUCUCUUCAUCUGGGCCAUCCGGCAUCCGGCGUCCGGGUAUGUGCAGGGCAUUAACGAUCUCGUGACACCGUUCUUCAUCGUCUUCCUGCAAGAGGCUGUCGGGCCGGAUAAAGAACUGGAACAAUGCCAACUCGUUGCGCUGAGCAUUGAGCAGCGCGAUAUUAUCGAAGCCGAUUCGUUCUGGUGUUUGUCCAAGUUUCUCGACUGCAUCCAGGAUAAUUACAUCUUUGCGCAGCUCGGCAUUCAGGCGAAGGUGAAUCAGCUAAAGGAACUCAUCCAACGGAUUGAUGGUACAUUGCAUCGUCACCUCCAGGCGCACGGUGUUGACUAUCUGCAAUUUUCUUUCCGCUGGAUGAACAAUCUGCUGACGCGCGAACUACCGCUCUACUGUACCAUCCGGCUUUGGGACACGUAUCUGGCCGAAUCGGACGGAUUCGCCGUGUUUCAGCUGUACGUUUGUGCCGCCUUUCUGCUCCAUUGGCGCGAUCAGCUACUACAGGAGAAGGAUUUCCAGGGAUUAAUGCUACUGUUACAGAAUCUGCCAACCCACAACUGGAUGGACUCGCAUAUCGGGGUGCUGGUGGCGGAAGCGUUUCGUCUCAAGUUCACGUACGCUGACGCUCCGAAGCAUCUGGAGGGCAAAAGUUGACCCGGACUGGCAUCGGGUGACGCCGGGUAUCAUAACUAUUGUAGAAACUAUCUUUAUAAAUUUAUCUAAGGCCUCGCGUGGGCCCCGUUUGUGUUUGUUUCGGGAGGUGGGCGAAGGGAUGAGCCUUGGGCGCUACGAAUUUGGUCGAAAAGCAAAUGUUGCUUGUACAACAAGUGUGACUGACUGUGGGAACAAGAAAAGCAAAGAAAACAAAACGACAACAACGGAGCAGAGGAAAGAUUACGAAUCUAGUGUAAGAGACAAUGGUUGGGGCAAUGA